AUGCGGCUCCGGCUGAGGUCCCCGGGAACCGCGUGGGAAGCGCGCCCUGCGGGCGAGGGUGGGUCUGCGACACCGCGGCUGGGAGGGGGCUCUCUCCCCUUCCCCCCCGGGCAGCCGUCGUGCGGAGCGCUGCUGGAGCCCUCUGCCACUGCGUGGGGAUCGCUCCGCGAUGCCGCUGCCCACUCGGUGCUCGCACCGGCCCUCGCGUGUUUCCCCUUAGCAGGAGCUGGACCUCCGGCGCUCGAAGUCACUCGGGUGGGCGAGUUGCCGCAGUCCUUCCAGCGACGUGACCGGCUGCUGGGGUCGGCGCUUGCGGGGAGGAACCCGCCGGACCAAGCCCCGGGAGGGGCGGCUUCUGAUGCCCGUUUUUGCCCCCCCCAGCCCGCAGCCGCCCUCCGCGGUGCAGGCAGGCUACCGCCCGGCCGGCCCAAUCCUGCGGUGAUGGGCUGCCGGAAGCCGGGACCGCUGGAGCUCGCCGGCCGGGGACCGUGCUGUUUGAAGCCCGGUGGCCGCUGGCAGGUAUUUGCUAGCCCCAGGAUGAGAAAUGGAGGUGUCCUGGCUCAUGCACAUGGACUUAUUUCCCCUGCUGUGUCUGCAUUUAAUAACCUGGGUGUGCUGCUCCUGCUCCGGGUGGCCCAGGGCUUGCCAAGAUUCCACGGUGUGCCGGGGUGGUGCUGGGAUCGCGCUCCUGGAGGAGCUGCAGGGGCUCUGCCCCAGGCAGGCGAGCCCUGACCAGACUGGCCGCUGCCCUGCUCACCCCUCCGCAGGUCCAGCCCUGUGCUGCCGGUAGCCCUGCCCGCUUCACUGCUCUGCUCUCGCUGCUGCUGGCUAGGACAUUGCCCGCCCUUUUCAGCUUAGGAC